AGCUGACACCAGGGAGCGCUGGUGUAUUUGCGCGCCAAAUCUUCUAGGUUUAUUGGUUUUUAUCGUCACAGACUCGCGGUGGUGCGAAGUUAUCGAGUGCCUGAACUGUACGAAAAUCGCACUAAUUCUUAAUAAGAGUAGCGUUUACUAAGGUCUCUUAUAGCACGCUUAGUACGUGCAUCGAAGGAAACAGGGUAUCCGGCGCCGUCAUUUUCUGCCAAGAUGAGUGAACCAUUGUGUGAAGUCGCGCCUCCGAAGAAGAUGAAGCAGUCUCGCCUUCCUUUCCAAGUGCUGCCAGCAUCCUCACCGCAACCAGGCAAGAAGAGGAAGCUGUCGGGCGAAGAUGCAGCAAGCGUGCCGAAGUCGCCGCGCUCCAGCGCUACCUCAGCUGACGUAGAGAACAUACCCUGCUCUGCUUCACCAGACACGGAGACGAAAGGCGCCAAGAAAACUGCCGACCCCGCCGAGGUUCCCAAUAAAGGGGCAUCGAUUAAGAACUUCUUUCAAAAGACCAUUAGCAGUGUCACUAAGGAAGAAUUGUCUCCGAAACAGAACACUAAGAAAGAAGUUGUCAUCGACGAUGAUUUGUUAGAAAGCCUUCCCCGUGGACAGGAACAAGAAAACGGGUCCCAGGACGAGCAGAAUCCGACAAGUGUCGAAAAGGAGGCUGGGGAACUUUUUGUGGAACCUCGGUCCAGCACCCCCUCUUUUUCCGCCGACGUGAGCGAGUCCGAAGACAUGGCAGACGUGAUAGAUUUGACGGACACCUCGUGUCGCGAGACCAGCAUCCAGUCGGAGGAUCCGGGUUCGACUGCCUCCUCCCAGGAGGCCUCCCCGACUGCCUCCUCCCAGGAGGCCUCCCCGACGGCGCCGUGCGACAAGCCAGACGAAAAAGUUGAUCCGGACGAUGCUUUUGGAUCGGAACUCACUGGAAAAGAGGUGGAUGGCAAGGAGGUGCCUAAAGCAGCCAAAAAUGGAAAGCCCGCCCAGACACUCACAAAGGCAGAAAGGGAGAGGCAGCGUCAGGAGAAGAUUGCAGAGCGCGAGCGUCGGAGGAAGGAGCGCGCCGACCUGAAGGCGAAGCACAAGGAGGAGAAGUUGGCCAAGCAGAGGCUGAGAGAGGAGAACAAGCUGCGCAAGCAACAGCUCCUCGAGGAGCUCUCCAAGCAGAAGGAAGAGCGUAAAAGGGCCAAGGAGGCGGAGCUUCAGAAGAGAGAGGAGGAGAAGCAGAAGAGGGAGGAGGAGAGGCAGAAGAAGGAAGAGGAGAGACAGAAGAAGGAAGAGGAGAGACAGAAGAAAGAAGAGGAAAGACAGAAGAAGGAGGAAGAGAAGAAACGGGCAAAGGAGGAACAGGAGAAAAAGCAGCAGAAGGAAAAGGCAAUUUUUGCCAACUUCUUUGUCAAGCGAACAGAGCCCAAACAAGCCAGUGAGGGUGGCGGUGGGUCUGCUGCUGCCGCUGUGGGAGCAUUCCGUCCGUUCCAGCUCAAAGAUGGGAUGACCUUAGCCUCCUUCGUGCCGCAGGAUGUCUUGCGCCACUUUGAUGCCUCUGCUCUUGACCAGCUGCUGCAGGCUCAGGAUGCGUCGGAGAAGGGCUGGCUGGCCAGGAAGGCUUUCCCCAGGCGUACCCUGCAGUCCCCCCGCCGGCAGGAGCAGCGUCCACGAGCCAAACUGCUCCAGUUCUGCGAGAAUGUGAGGCCUGCCUACUGGGGAACCUGGAGAAAGAAGAGUCAGGCUGUUUCUGGCAGACGUCCCUGGGGGAAGGAGAAGGAGCUGGACUAUGAGGUGGACAGUGAGGAGGAGUGGGAGGAGGAGGAGCCCGGGGAGAGUCUCUCUGGAACGGAAGACGAGAAGGAGAGCGAAGACGACUACGAGGUGGACAACGACGUGUUCGUACCUCACGGAUACCUCUCGGAGGACGAGGAGAAGGGAGACAACGACCCCAUGACGCCCGAGACCCUGAAGGCACGGCUGAAGCUUCGGCAGGAAGAGCUGCAGGCCGAGCUCAAGAGUAGCACCGCGCGGCCCAUGCGACCCCUAGUCGUCGGCUGCAUCUGGCAGACCACGGGCCUAGACCCUGGCCAGCAGGGUGCCGGCUGCCUGGACCAGUUUGCGGCCGUACGCCUCACGCUGAGCUUCAGACCCAGCUGGGAGGUGCGAGAGGAGGCCCUCCAGAAGAGCGCGCAGCCACUGCCUGACGCCGCCCUGUCCCUCCUGGCGUCCUUGGUGCACAACCGUGUGGUGAAGAAGGCCGAGGUGAUGCGGGAGUUUGAAUCCUCUUGGGACGGGAACCACGUGCCCCGGAAGCAGCUCCGGGAAGCCCUCCAGGGGCUGGGGGCACACCGGUCGGGGGGACGCUGGCUGCUGGCCCCGGAUGCUUUGGAACGCCUCGGACUCUCGCACCUGGCCCAGCCAGUGCCGGUUGUCAAGGAGAUCCCUCCCAAGGCCAUUCCUAAAGCAGUACCUCUGGGACCUCUGGAACGGUUCCUGACCACUGCUACCAAGGAAGAUAAAGCGGGCCAGGGUCACCAAGUUUCUCCGGCCAGAAAACUUCUUCCUUUGGGCAAAUUCAAAUCUCCGACCACUUUUGGAAUCGGCUCCUGCGCAGAGCCCAUCAUACUCGAAGACGAGGGCGAAGAUGUGCUCGUGACCACGCCGGGCGAACCCCUUGCAGGCCCCACAACAGAAGUGGGGCCCCACAUUAAGAAGACUAGCUUGUGCACGUGACUGAAACUGCCCCGUUCAGAACUUUGUUGUGUUCGAGGGUCGGCGAUUUUCUCGUGACAAGCAGCUUACUUACAAUUGUGCUCCGGAUUAGGGGCUUCGAAUUUACGAGCGUUGAAAGGGAGGUAAUCUGUACAGCGCUGCUUCCACGUCAGUACUGGGAACUGUGUUAUUUUGCUUGAUUUGGAUCGCAGCGUUUCCUGGCACUUUACAUAUUAUAGGCUGAUUUAGAGGAUAGAUUUUAAAUGUAUUCUUAAUUUUGGAGGAUAUUUGUUUUAAAGAGGGCUAGCUUUUAUUCAUGUGCCCUUUGCCUCCCAUUUUCUUUUCUCUUUUUUGGCCUUCAUGUAAUGCUGGGAGGUGAGAAAAAAAAAUCUGGUAAUGUAACAAAUACAAAAGAUAUAACAGGAGGCUCACCUAACAACUUUGCUGCUGUGCUUCCUACGCUCAACUUUGUUUUUUUUUAGUUAGCGUAUGGAAGUUGAAAAGUUGAGGAAUUAUUUAAGAUUGAUAAAUGUGUAUAUGCAAAAAAAGAGCCCACCAGGUCUGUUUCCUUUUUUUUUAUUUACAGCAUGGUUCCACAUGAAGCAGCAAACGUGUCUCGUAAAGCGGCGGUGUGUAGUGUUUGUAAAAUAAUAGGCAAAAUAACGAGGUAAGUAAUUGGGUAUUUAUUCAGGCAGCGGUCUUAAAGUUCAAAGAUAAUUUUUGAAAGGACCCCUACCCAAGCCAAGUUUGGCUUGCGUGAAUAUAACUGGUAGAAUGUAAUAUUAUAGCCACCAGCAGAAGCCUGUUCAAUCACUGUACAGUGUGUACGGGGUCAUGAAAUGCAGCUUUUCAGCAUGCAAAAAUAAACUGCAUGGCAGAAGUCUGAAA